AUCCGACUAUUCGUCAUUGACAGGUAAUUGGUAAUUGAUCCGACAGCGCAUGACGUUGACGUUUAGUUUUUUUUUUAUUUGAUCGCUGUCUAUCAUUUAUUCUGUUAUAAAAACUUGGCAGGAUUAUUCCGAACUUGGCCAUCAAAAUAACGAUAACAGACCACCGUGUAAGCACUAUCAGCGACCAAAAAAUAACGUAAACGUCAAAUUAAUCUGACGGCUGAGACGCCAGACGACGCUGUAGUCGCUCUUCAAUUCCAUUCCAAAUUUACGAUCGAUAUACUGCUGUCUCUCGUAUUGGAAAAGUAAAUUUCUGUUGUGAAUGAGACCCGUUUCGGUUAGUGAUUCUAAAGUAAGAAAAUGGAGAAAAUGCACUCGUGUAGCUGCUGCCUGGUGCGGCCGCCGGAGAAGGGACUGAAGACAAUGUAUAAACAUCUCGGAAAAACUGAGAUUUAUUACGACAUGCUGAAAGCCUGCUUCGAUAUUAAUCUCGGUAUAAGAAAUGAAGAGUGCGGAAUCUGUGAAGUAUGCGUGGGGCGGCUGCGGGACGCGAGUGACUUCAAGCUGCAAGUGCAGCGCAGCCAGUCAGAGCUGAAUGCGCGGUUCAAGGGCGUACUCUCUACCAGUGACAAGUUCAAAAUUAAGUUGGAGAAAGCGGGUGGAGAUGAGGCCAUCAAAUGCGAUAUCAAGCUGGAGAAGUCCGAGGCGGAGAUGACUGAUGGCGAGGUCAUAUCAGUGGCUAUAUACGGCGGGCAUCCAGGGCCUUCAGCAAAACCCGUUUCUAAUAAAACUAACCGCGACACUUCACCGGCAGAUAGCGUCACCGAUCUCGACGAUUCCAAGCCGGCUCGCGCUUCUGGCCGCAGUAAGGUGCACGAGUGCGACAUAUGCCAUAAAAAGUUCGAGAAUUCAAACGCAAAAACCAGACUCGUGAUCCAUCGCCGCUCCCACACUGGAGAGAAGCCUUACUCGUGCAAUGUAUGCGACAAAAAAUUCGCACAAAGGAGCCACUUAAACACACAUUACGCAUAUCACAUCGGGAAGUUCAAAUUCUCCUGCGAAGUAUGUGGCACGCGAUUCAUUCAAAGAAAUCAAUAUGUUGUGCAUAUGCGUGGGCACACAGGCGCAAGACCGUAUUCGUGUGAAUUAUGCAACAAAACUUUCAGACAAAAAGGCCACUUAACCGUUCAUAUGAGAAAACAUUUGAAAUAUGAUCCUAGUAGCGUAGAGCCGGGAGAGAUUACAUGCAAAACAGAAUUUGCUGAUGAAACUGAAGAUUUUACAUGUGAUAUAUGCAAAAAACAAUUUGCAGACGAAAGCGCCUUAAACACUCAUAAAAAACAUCAUUCGGGUGAUUAUCCAUUCAUUUGCGAUAUUUGUGAAAGGAAGUUUAAUACGCAGUUUGCCUUGAAUAAUCAUAAAUUUGACCAUUCGGGAGGGAAACCUUUUAAGUGUGAAAAAUGCAAUAAGGGCUACACAUCGAAAGGUGCUUUAAAUCUACAUUUGAAAGUUCACACUGAGGAUUACAAACACGCAUGUCUUCUGUGUAGUAAACGGUUCAUAAUAAAAGAGAAUCUAAAUGUACAUAUGCGCGUACACACGGGGGAAAAGCCUUAUACCUGUGCAACUUGUGAAACUAAGUUCCGCUAUCGAUAUAGCCUGAAGAAACAUUUAUUGGAAAAGCACAACCAAGUUAUGGACAAACAGUUCUGUUGCGACAUUUGUGGGAAACGAUUUGCACUACAGGGGACAUUAACUAAACACAUGGAAAAGCAUGCUGAGCAAAAAAGGGAGGAAGAAGCCAAAAAGGAAGGGCGGAUAGAAGACAGGCCAUUUAUGUGUGAAAUAUGUAGCAAACGUUUUUCAACAAAAGGUAUCUUAAGAAAUCACCGAGAAACGCACUCCGAAGAAAGACCUUUCGAAUGUGAAAUAUGUCAUAAAAACUUCAGAAUGAAAAAGAGCUUGCAAGAUCACAUGAAAGUGCAUGAGGACUUUAAGCGACACUCCUGUGAAGUCUGCGGUCAGCAAUUUAAACAUAAAUCUGCCUUAGCAGUUCAUAUCCGACGAAUGCAUUCAAAAAGUAUGCCUCAUACUUGCGAUGUGUGCGACAAGUCGUAUCCAGUUAUCGCUGAAUUGAAGAAGCAUUAUCGUGUGCACACUGGGGAGAGACCAUUUGCUUGUGAAAUAUGCUAUAAGAGGUUUCCUCGGCAAGAUGGAGUAAGGAGACACCUUAGAAAAGUUCACCAAGAGAAACCUUCGAAAUAUAUUAAAUUAAAAGAAUUUAAUAAUCCUUACAAUAAAUAAUAUGAAAUAUAAAUAAGAAAACAGUGGUGAAUGGAUGGAUCAAAUUAUAUAUACCCUAGCUUAACGAGUGCAAUUUGUUUUGACGUUUAAUGUGCUAGAAAAAGUGAAAUUAUUAUAAGUCGAUUUUGAUUGUAAGACAAUCCCGUUAUAUAAUUUUAAAUAUUGUUAUCGGUUUUAAAAUCAAAUUAAAUAAAUUAUUAUUAGAUUUUUUUUUUAAUUUUGUUGUUGUUUUUUAUUUACAGUUGCAAUAAGAUAAAUCAAAACGGUUUGCAAAUAGAUUAUAGAAGAACUAACAUUCUUAAUUAAUAAUGUUACUGUUAAGGACGAGGCAUUAUGAUUUAAAAAUUGUUGGCUAUCGAUAUCGGUAACACUUGAGUUGAUAUUUAAUAACCUUGUACCAGACAUUUUUAUCCCAGAAAAACCGUGCUGUGAUUAUACGGCAUUAUUUUUACUUUUGACUAUUGUAUUUUAUUAAUAUUAACAUAAUUAUUUAUGUAUA